CUCAAAAACCUUUUACAGGUUGUAGUUCUGAAGCUAAUGGGAGAUGAAACCUUUUACAGGUUGGCUGGCAGACAUGUUGUAUUCGGGAAGGUGCUGUCUGGAAUGGAUGUGGUGUACAGGGUUGAAGCUGAAGGAAGGCAGAGUGGUACACCCAAGAGUACCGUAGUGCUUGCAGACAGUGGUGAACUCCCUCUUUAAUUUGUACUCAUCUUUCUAGUAUUAGGCAUAACCGCUUACAGUUCCAUUUAGCAUAGUGGCUAAGAGGAACAGUUAUGUACUGGGAUUCUAUUUCUGAUUUUACAUUCCACAGCAAAGAAGUGUUCUGUAGAGGUGUUUUGGAAGCAAUGUUUCUUUCCUAAACAUUUUCCUUUUGUUGGUUGGAUGGCAAACAUGUUGUAUUUGGAAAGGUGCUGUCUGGAAUGGAUGUGGUGUACAAGAUUGAAGCUGAAGGAAAGCAGAGUGGCACACCCAAGAGUACCGUAGUGAUUGCAGACAGUGGUGAACUCCCUCUUUAAUUUGUACUCAUCCUACUAGUAUUAGGUAUAACCGCUCAGUGUUCCGUUUAGCAUGGUGGCUAAGAGGAACAGUUAUGUACUGGGAUUCUAUUUCUGAUUUUACAUUCCAGCAAAGAAGUGUUCUGUUGAGGUGUUUUGGAAGCAAUGUUUGUUUCCUAAACAUUUUCCUUUUUUUGGUGAGUUUGAUGUUAAGCUUCAAAAAUAACUAGAUUUUGGUUGA